AAGCCACGAGCCACCGUCGAGCCAUCACAAACACGUCCGAAGGAUUACGUUUAAACGAUCCAAGUUUCACUGAAUUAGUUAGUUUGCGCACUGUUGUUUGUACUACUGAUUAUCAGUUUGUGAAAAUUUGGGAAAAUCAGGGCGCAGUGCAUUGUGCUUAACAGUCAAACAUUGAGGUAGUUUUGCGCUUGUUUGUCGGGGAGGUACCAUCAAUAAACUCGUAUUUUCUUACGAAGGAAGAUCAACGGAGAAUAAAGAGAAGUCCGAGUAUCAAGGCCGAUACAUGAGCCACGUCUAUAUAGUAAACACGAUACUAUACAAGCAAGUUGAAAAACUGCAAGUUUUUGAAAAAACCGGAACAUACCUCGUAGAAUUCGAGGGCUGUGUUUUUCCUACAAAAGAGAUUCUGUCUCGAUCAGAGUUUGAGCAAGAAAUUAAAUUCAACGACAGAAAGGAUUCUUUUGCAAGAUGAUUGUCAUAUUAUUUCCUCGCGCCGAAGUCCAACCUAAAAACUUCGUAAUAUUUGAGGUUAUGUUUUAUUGAAACAUGAAUUUUUUGCAUUAACGAGCAAACCAAUUCACUAGGAAAACAAAAACAAACUGGACCAAUUUAUGAGUGGAUAAUGCUUGGAGGCAAUGAACGGGAUGGAGAGACAUGGGCAUGGACAUGGACAUUCACAUGCACAUUCGCAUCGUCAUCGUCACUCACAUGGAAAUCUACAAAGUGUAUCUCAAAAUUCCAGCCAAUCAUCAAAACAUAGCCAUACUCACACGUUGCACUUGCAAAAAGAUACAUCUGCAGUUCAAACACCUCAGAAGCCAAGAAAUUACAAGUUACUAGUUGAUCCAUUUUUAGUAAAAGGUGCAACAAAGUUAUACAGAUACGAUGGCAUGGUCCCAGGAGAUCCAACUUAUCCUGAAGUUCAACCGAGAGAUCCUAGAUCACAGUUAACAAGAAUUUGGACUCGUUUAGAACAACUUGACUUACCUGUACCUAGAUUUAAAAUUGACUCUAAUUAUUGUGGUGAACCUCCUCCGCUUGAAGUAACAUUUUGUCAUUUAAAUGAUAAUAUUGAUAAAACUUUUUUAUCAGAUAUGGUUCAAAAAUUUGGAGCUGUAGAAGAACUUAUUGUUUAUUAUCACCCUGUAACUAAUAAGCAUCUCGGAAUUGCAAGAGUAGUCUUUGAAACUACAAAAGCUUCGAAGGCUUGUGUAGAAAAAUUAAAUAAUACAUCUGUGAUGGGUAAAGUUUUAAGAGUGUUUCUUGAUGCAUUUGGAGAAGAGUGUAAAAAAGUCUAUGAUGAGUUAACUAUAGAAAAAAAACUAGAAAAGAAGAUUGAAAAGGAAAUAAAGCCUGAGAAUGAUCAAGAGAAACAAACUCCAAUUGAAAAAAUUAUUACGGAAGAAAGAGAUGACUUCAGAAGUAACAAAAAAAUAUCCAAUAUAGAAAAAUCAAGAGACACAUAUAUAGAAAACUCGAGAUACAAUAAAUAUAGAGAUUAUCCUACUCCUAGUGGCAGUGAUUUAGGUUAUGGUACUGCACCUAGCGAACUAAAUUAUUCUAGUAAUUAUUCUCAAAAUUCUACUCCAGCUACGAAUUAUGAUUUUUAUUAUAGUAGUUACCAUCAGCCUCCGAACAAUUAUUUAGCGAAUAUGCCACAAAAUGUAUCGCAAAAUCUUUCAAUGCCGCAGAAUUCAAAUAUAUGGUGGGGAAAUAAUACGGGGGCAACAAGUUACGCGUCAUCCUCUAUGUGGCCUGUUCAACAUGGAACAAAUUUAGAUAAUUCCAAUUCUAAUGCAGUUCCAAUUUCUAAGACUUCUAAUGUAAAAAUACACCAUACACCUAAGAAAGAGAAAGAAAAUCAAAAUAUAACAAAAAACUCAUCACGAGACUCUCCGGUAGAAACUCGUAAAACAUUAGAUUUGGAUACUAGAAUUGCCAUGUUAUUAAAGGACAAAGCAGGAGGAAUGGCACCGCCUUUCUUACAGUUUGGUAGCGAUUCUGAAGAUGAGAAAAAGUCUGUUAAUGCAGAUAAUGAAAUGCUCUCAGAACCACCAAGUCCUUUUCUAUCUCAUGAAACGUACAAAUCAUGUUUUGAGAAAAUGCGGGAAAGGAAUAAAGAGCGAUGGAAAGUACAUGAGAAUAGCAUCAAUCAAUUUUCUGUUGACGAAGAUUUAGGUAGUGUUAUAAGUUCGAGCGAAGAUGAAGCAUUGUUGGGAAGUUACAGUCCUGCACAGGAUGAAAUUGAACCAGAGCCACCAAAAGAGCCACCACCUCCACCUCCACCAGAUGACGAUAGAAUGUCAUUAAGUCCAUUAAGUUCAGGGGAUGAAAAAAUUGAAGAGGUUAUAGCUCAAACAGAACCUACAAGUCAGUUAUAUCCAGGAACUGGUUAUCCUGGACAUUUAACUCAUUAUCCUACCAAUGACAUGUAUCAUUGGCCAAGACCAGCACAAUAUCCAUAUCCAUAUGGAACAACAUAUUUACAAAGUCAUUAUCAACCAAAUACUACAUCAUUUUCUGGUACAGUAGGGAAUCAUCAAGGAGCUAAUUAUUAUCCAUCUUUUCAAUCAAGGCUUCAUGCUAUGGCAAACCAUAAUAUUACGAAAGAUAAUCCACAAGGCCCUACUAUUAAUGGUGUAUUAAAUAGAGUUGUAAAUGAAUUAAAGCAAAUUCUAAAAAAAGAUUUUAACAAAAAAAUGAUCGAAAACACUGCGUUCAAACUAUUUGAAGUAUGGUGGGAUGAAAAGAAAUCAGAAAAAAAUCAAAAUCAAGGAGGAGAGAACUUAACUAUUGUUAAUAAUAAUAGUAAUAAGGAAGAAGGACAAAAACCUCAAGGAUUAUCAUUACUUUUAGAACAAGGAACUCCGCUUGGAUUUAAUUAUGAUGGAUUUGGUUUGGGUAUUAGAGCCAGCAUGCCAAAGAUGCCUUCUUUCAGGCGCAAAAUUAAAGCUCCAAGCCCAUUACCGCAAGACGAAGAUAGUCGUCAAUCUGAUCAUGGCGACACAGAACUUAUAGGAAGCGACAGUGAUCUUGAUCUGGCGUCAGUGCAAAAAAUUAAAAGACCAAUCACUUCUCUUCCAAGCGUUUCUUCUUCAUCUUCCUCGUCAUCUUCGUCUAGUGAAAGUAGUAGCGAAGAAAUGAGUUGCAGCGAAUCUUCCAGCAGUUCGAGUGAUAGUUCUGAUGAAGAAGUAUGCUCUGGAAACUUUGAAGAUGAGCAGGAUACAGACAGUCGUUUAUCAGAUCAUCGUCCACUGGCUUGUAACAGUGAAGAUCCUGAUAUUUUAAUGGAACUUGCAAUUCAAAGAUCGUUAGAUUGUCCAACGCCUACUGGUAGAGAGACACCAGUACCUAAUAUUAAAAUAAAAGACGAAAAUUCGAAUGAAUUCCCACAGUGUGACAAUGAAGCUAGCCCUGUGUCAUCUCCGUUGAAAUAUGAAAGUGAUAAAGAAGAUAGUGAGAAGGAAAGUGAAAAAUCUAUAAAUGAAGAAUAUCUCGAAAAAGUUCGAGUGAAAGAAGAGGUAGAAAUGGAAAGAAUGGAAGAUGAAAUACAGAAGAAAGUAAAGAGUGCUUCAGCUGUACUAAUUAAACAAGAACCAUGUGAUAUACAGAAAAUGGAAAAUUCUGCAGCAGAAGCUUUAAUAACAUUAGCUGGUCAAGAUAACAUUAUAAGACAUAGGAGUCCGGGACCUGUACAACCAAAUAUUAUUAGAGCUCUUCAAACUAUGUCUGCUAAGUACAUUAAUGAUGAACCUAUAUUAAAAGAUACAGAGAAAAUUGAAAUGUUUAGCGAGAUACCUACCACCGAUUCGGAGGAAGAAAGCUUAGAAAUUAGAAGAUUAAGGUAUCAAGCCGAAGCUGAUCUCCGACUUAAUGGUCAACAAAGCCCUAAAAAUUCUCAAGCUUCACAAGUAUUUAUGGAACAUUCAUACUCAUUACCACCUGCCCAGUCAGAAAUUACGAAGACUGUAAUUCGUACACCAUCGACACCAAUGAAACCGGUAAAACUUAAAUCGUCGAAGAUCAUAAAAUUGUCGAAGAGCAAAGACAAGACACACAAAGUAGAAAAACGAAAAUAUAAUAAAUAUACGAAAAUACACACUCACCAAAAUCAUGAAAGAGAGAAAGAAAAUAUCGAAAAUGAGUAUGUUUAUGAGAAAUAUCCGAAGAAAGUUGAAGAGCCAGUUGUUACAUAUAAAGAACGUGAUCUUAUGUCGGAAAUGGCUAUUUUGUAUGAAUUUUUAACGAGAGGAAUAGAUGCGGAAGAUGUGGAAUAUUUAAGACGAAGUUAUGAAGCUUUAUUAGCCGAUGAUAGCCAAGGUUAUUGGUUAAAUGAUACUCAUUGGGUUGAUCACCCUGCAACGGAUAUUCCAAGUCCUGCGAAACGCAGAAAAAGAGACGAACUUAGAUUACAUACAAGUGGAAGUGCAAGAACGGAAGGAUAUUAUAAGGUUGAUAUACGAGAGAAAGCUAAGCACAAGCAUCACUACGCCCAAAGUAUACAACGAAGUAACGAUGUUGAAGAUAGUAAUGGUCCUUACGCUGGCGGCGAUGGAACAAUGAAUGGUCCAAAGAACAAUACUAAAGCUUUAACUGGUAAAAUGCAAGCUUUGUCUCGUGAGGCCCGAAGUAAUCAAAGACGAUUAUUAACAGCCUUUGGUAUAGAUACCGACAGCGAUCUUCUUAAGUUCAAUCAGUUGAAAUUCAGGAAAAAACAAUUGAAAUUUGCUAAAUCUGGUAUACAUGAUUGGGGUUUAUUUGCCAUGGAACCAAUUGCAGCUGACGAAAUGGUCAUUGAAUAUGUCGGACAAAUGGUCAGGCCAGUUGUGGCUGAUUUACGAGAGUCUCAAUACGAAGCUACCGGUAUCGGUAGUUCCUAUCUUUUCCGUAUCGAUUUAGACACGAUUAUCGAUGCAACAAAGUGUGGAAAUUUAGCACGAUUCAUUAAUCAUAGCUGCAAUCCGAAUUGUUACGCAAAAGUAAUUACAAUCGAAAGCCAAAAAAAAAUUGUAAUUUAUAGUAAACAACCGAUAGGAGUUAACGAGGAGAUCACGUAUGAUUAUAAAUUUCCAUUGGAGGAUGAUAAAAUCCCUUGCCUAUGUGGAGCUCCGCAAUGUCGGGGUACUCUUAAUUGAAUCGUUCAUAAAACUAUAUUGUUCAUCCCUUUUUCCUGUCUUCUACACUUCAUCAUACCCUACUCAUAUUUUUGUAAAUACUUCUCCAUGUAAACAUUUUAUAAAAUGCAAUGGAAAUAUGCUAAA